AUUCAACCCACGGUGUAAAGAUUACGCCUUAACAAUAUUUAGUAUAGGGAUCUUAACGUACACGUCACCAUCUUUUUUUCUUAUCACUUACUAGGCCGAUGGUUAGCUUAUAUAAAACAUGAAUACAUGAUAUUUCCAGGAGCUAUUGUAUACCAUAGUAUACCAUAUUAUUUAUAUUCGGUAAAUGAUGUACAUAUACCUACUGUGUGUACUAAUUUAAUGUUAUGGCGUCGAUGGUCUUUUUUGUAAUUACAUAGAUAAAUAUUUAUUAAGAUUACUUUAAUUCAGUAUACAUAACAUAUUUAUUCUACAUAGUGUAUUAAAAAAAACUUUUGUCCGGUAGGUAUUAAAUAUAAUUACUCAGUUACUUAGGUACCUACUUAACUUAAAAAUGGUCCUUGUGGAUUAUUCCAUUCGUCGUGAAAUUUGUCAUGACGAUAGCAGUUUAGAAGAUCAAAGGCUGCGAUUAUUGAUGGAUGAGAAUAUUAGCAAUUUUUGUCCCCGUUUACGUCAAGCUGUAAGCCGUCUAUCACGUCAUAGAGUUGGUGAGUUAGCCAAUCAUCGUUUUAAAUGUAACAAUUAGGUUAUUUUUUCAUGAUUAAUAAUUUUUGAAUUCUUAUUUUAUUUAUUCUACAGGUCCAUUAAAACAACUUGUUCAUUUAUCAGAUUUUCAAAGCUCAAAUUCAUUUUUAAUGCCUACUGGUCCAAAUAAGUCUACACAAUCUCCACGCUAUGAUAUGUUUGUGCUUUCAUUACCGUAUUUAGACGAAGAAAUUUCAACAACAGUCAAUCGUAAUUAUAUGGUACGGUGGUCAAUAAUUGCACAAUGUGGCCUUCCACAUAGAGCUCCUGAAGUUAUUUUACUGGGAAUGGACAAUUUGUCUGUAGUUAUGGGACACAAAAAAUCAACACCAAAUCAGUCACGUAAUAAUCAACGUUCUCAACAUCAAACUGAUAUUACUUUUCAAGAAACUUAUUGGCAACAGUUUGUAGCAAAUGAGUCAUUUCACUUGCAGUGUUUAACUAAAUGGGAAAAAUUAAAUACUGAAACUAAUGCUUCAUUGCAAUAUUGUCUAUUAGCAGACCAGUUAUAUGACUGCUAUGCUAAUUUUCAGGUACUAGUUACAAUUAUGUUUUCAUGUGUUCAUUGUUUAACGAAUAAUUAAUUUGUUUGUACAGCUCUACAAACUCAAGAUGUCAUUAAAAUCACCUUUAAUGAUACAUCCACCUGCACACUUGAUUCAAGCACAUACUCAGUAUAAACAGUUAGUUAAAUUGUCCAAAUCAUCUAUGUCAGAACCGCAUCCAACUGAUAUCAACGUUGAAUUAUUUAUGGAUUUAGAUACUGUUAACAAGAAUGAAUUUGAAGACCGUAACCAUAAAAAUUCAUCUGUAGUACGCUUACGUGCUAUAGUAAAAUUGCUAAUAUACGAACAGAUACAGCAAUCAUUACCAUUGCUGACUGGUAGCUGUAUUGAUGACAGUCAAUCAUAUCUAGUAUCAGUAACUGCAACUUUUGCUUUUAAUGGCACUUCCAAUAAAAAUAACAACGUUGAUAAUUUAAAAAACAAGAAUUAUUUAGUAAGAAUUUUAAAUCCAAAAUUAAGCAGUACAACAAAACAAGGGGCAUUAUUUAUAAAGACGAUGGAUUCAUUAACAAAUGGACUCACAAUGUUACAUUCAACAGAUUUUGGUGAGUGAAUAUUAUAAUAAAAAUAAUUAUUAAUGCUUUUAAUCAUAUUUUGAAAACUGUUGGUAUUUUACUAUAAUACCUAUUAUUUUAUAAUAAUAUGUAAAACAUCCUGUUGUUAUAAAACCCAUGGCACAACCCUAGAUCAUAAACUUUGGAAGGAUUAAUUUACUGAUAGGUAAUUAAAUUGAAUCAGAUGUACUUGUUGCAUAUUAAUCCUAAUAAUUAUUUUCCUUAACAAUUUAUAAUUACAAUAUGAAUUGAAUUUUUGUAAAUUGUGUUAAAUUUCACCAAGAAAAAUAACUAUAAGAAGUGGUAAUCGAGGUAAAAAAAUUGCUACAGUUAAAAAAAGACAAAUUAAAUUGUAUUUUUAAAUUUAAAUUAAUUUUACAUAAUAUAUAAAUACAUAAAAUUUAAAAUAUAAGUUUUGUUCAUAGAUAAUAAAGAAUUUUUUUUAUAAUCUAUGAUUAUCUUUGUUAAAUUUAUUAAAUGUAUUAAGUAUACAUAAUUAAUAUUUUAUAUCACUUAUUCUAACAAUUUUUAAUAUAAUUAUGUAACUAGACUACAUAUUAUUUUCUUGAAAUACAUAGUGAAUAAUACAGUGGUGAUUUUUUUUUAUCAAAUUUAAAAUAGAAAUACCUGCUCAUUAUUUUUAAAAAUGAUAAAUAUUUUUAAUUUAAUAAAGUAAAAAAUUGAAAGUUAAAGUUUCUGUAUAUUGUUUAAGUCAAGUCCAUGUCUUAUGUUGUACAGAGAAUCCCUAAAUUUCACCAUGUUAUUCAACACUUUUUAAUUAUUCAAAUUGGUUAUUUUUCUAUGCUUACUUUUAUACCUUGAUUCAUGACAAGUUUAUUUGCACAUGCGUAGAUAGCAUAUUUCAAAGAGAGUAAUAUGUACUUAUAUAUAUAUAUAUAUAUAUAUAUAUAUAUAUAUAUAUGCUUAUAUGUACUUUAAGUUAUUUAAACAUGACUGCAUCCUUAGUUUAUCAAGUUUAUGAUCAUAUUAUCAUACUAACUAGCAUGUAAUCAACUUGUAACUGAGCUUCUAGAAAUUUAUAGAGUUAUCAUUUACACUAAUGAAAUGCAUAAAAAAAAAUUUAGGUUUUAUAAAUAAUAAUAAUAUUAUUUAAAACUUAACAUAUGAUCUAACUAUAAUUUAUACUAAACAAAUUAAUAAACUGAUAACAAAUUCGAAAGAAAUCUUAUCUAAAGUCCAAAGUCCAAAAUAAAAUAUUAUUAAAAUCUGAUUACAAAAUAGAGACUCCGCACACAUCUUUUCAUAAAAUUGCUCCAUCUUAUAACCUUGCUAAAUAUUUAGACUCUAGAAAAAUUAAAUAUGAAUACUAAUAUUUUUAUUAAAAAACACUUAUGAUUUUAUUGAAAAAAUUUAUAAAAUUAAUAUUAAGCUAGGUUACAAAAUGAUUUCUUUUGCAUAAAAAUGUAUUUACAUCCAUUUCUCAACAUGAAAUUUAGUAUGAAAUAUUAAAAUUAUAUGUCUAACAUAUUGGUUAAAAUUCUGAACAAUACAAAAAAAGUAAAAAUUGCUUUUAAGACUAAUAAUAAUUUAAUCAAACAUAAACAAUAGAACUAAAUACUUCACAAAAAAUCCCCCUUCCUUUAAAAAUGCUGGUAUAUAUAAACUUAAAUGUAACUAAUACAUUUUAUUUAGAUAAGCAUUGAUAAACCAUUGCUUACGAAAAAAUGAUUCUAAUGGAGUUCAGUUGAUAAUAAUGCCUUAUCAACAAUAUAUUUAUGUCAUUGUAUAGUAAAAUUAAAUUAAAUAGGCUUUCUAUAAUUUCUUUAAUAAUAUUGUUUAAUAUUGUACCGAUUUUCCCAGUUUCCUAAGUUUUUCCAAAUUUUUAAAUUUGAUGAGAAAAUCGAAAAAUGACCUGUUUAAAAUACCUCCCCACACCGAUUUCCUUUCAGAAAAAUUGCGUGUUUGAGAUAGUGAUUAAUUUAUCUUCUUUCAUUUAUUUUUACUUUUACACCAAUUAACUUAAUGAGUAUUCUUACUAUGUUUCAAUCAUGAACUAAGACAAACUUACACUUCUUAGCGUGUGAUUUAAAUAAUAUAUUUAUUUUAAAUAAAAUACUGUUAUUUAUUUAGGUAAAUGGCAUAACAAUAAAUGUACAGAGAUACACAUAUAAUAUACAUUCUAUUUAGUAUUGUAUGUGUUAUACUCCUAUACUUAUAAUAACUAGUUCGUAUAUAGCUUUUGUUAUUUAUUGUAAAUUUGCUUCUUUUAUUGGGUCAUGGUAAUUGAUUGAAUUUAAAUGAUAAAUAGGUACACUAUUAAACAAAUAUUAUUAAAGAAAAUGUUUAGUGCAUAUGUAAUUAUUUUACCAUAAUUUGACAUAUAUAUUGUUGACAACGCAACAUUAUUAACUGAACUCUACUGCCCAGAAUUGUUUUUCAUUAUGGUUAUGGUUUACAAUGUUUAAUCGUUGCUUACAGAUGUACAUUAAAUUCUCAUCUAUAUCCUACCUUUCCUAUUUCCCUCCUAUAACAGUGGAUGCAUCCUAGGACAGCUUUUUUUUUAUAAUCUUAGAGUCUCAUAGUGAGGGUUCUAUUGGUUUUCUUAUGUAUAUUUUUUUUUCGAAAAGAAAUCUUGUUUUGAUGUAUGGAGUGUAGUUCCUUUUUUUGAAAGGAAAUUUUGUCUAGUUGGUGCAUUAAACAGGCCAUUUUUUGAUUUUUCAAGAGAUUUUUAAAAUAAUUUGGAAAAAAAAGAAAUUACAGUUUUCAAUGUUUUAUAAAAUUUAUUCAAAUACUUAAAGUACUUAUAUUUUGGUACCUAUUUUUGAAUAUUGGCUAGUAUGAAUUCAUGUUUAAAUUAACCAGUAGCUGACAGACUACAGAGACCCGUUACUGAUUAUUCAUCUUGCUGUGAUUAAAAUAAGAACCAUUGUAAAGCCACAUUAUUAUUAUAUUGUAUAAUAAUAACAAUGUUAGAAAUAUCUACUUAUUAAUGGUUAACUCAAUCAACAACCAGAACUAUGUACUAAUAACUAAUAACUAAUAACUAAUACUAUAGGACAAACAGGAUAUAUUUUAGGUUUUCUUAUACACCUAAAAUAUAUUUUUUAUUUUUUUUUUGUUGUACUAGACUAACUGUCUCAUCCGGACUUCUUUUUGUUGGUUCUUUUAAUGGAAGUUUCCCAUUGCAAAGCAUUUUGAUCUUCCCAGAAUCCAAAUGCUUGAGUUAAAUUACUGUAUGCCUGAAGUUUCUCAUUAACUUUCCCUAGAAUAUCUCAUUUUGGUCUUAAAAUUCCCCUCUUUACCUUCUACGUCCUCUCAAAAUUGUCACUGUAAUAUAUUUGUUCAUAAUCAUCCAUUGUUCACUUAUGCACCUCUUAAUUUAUAAUAAUAAGCAUAAAAUUGAACUUAGCAACAGUUUUCAAUCUACAAGGGGUGUUACAAAUUUUUAAAAAUCAGAAUAAAAUGGGUUUUAUCAAUUUUCCAUUACCCCAACCAAAAGACCAAAUACCAUAAAUUUAUUUUAUUUUAUUAAAAUGUUGGAUUUUCAUAUGAACCUUCGCCCUUAUUUUACUUAAGGUAAAAAACGGUGAAAAAGACUUUGUCAGGGGAUGUCUAUAGUAUAAAAAGUACCCACUGUUACAAUUUUAAGUUUAGGUUUUACAUUGAAUGUCUAUUAAUCAAUCAGUCAUUUAAAAUAAAACUGCUUAUACUUUUAAACUUCUUUUUUAUAAUUCUCCAAGAGUUUUCAUCGCCAAAAUUUAGAUAGUUAAUAAUUAAUUAUUUGAAUGACAUAAAUUAUUUCGGUGGGAUGCUAAAUAUUUAUUUUUUCCCAGGUGAAAAUGUAUUUAAUUAUACAAUUACAAUUUUUUUUAAAAAAAUUCAAUAUUUUUUAAUUAUCUAUUAUUAUUAACAAAGAAAUUUUGUAAAUUGAGAUUGAUUUAAGAAUCCUUUGCCUUUUUUUAAAUGUUUUUAAAAGGAUAAAGAAAAUCAUGUUAAAACAAAUAUUUUUUUUUAAACUAAACAAUAUUUUAUAUUAUGAUUUAUUGACAUUAAGUUUAUAUAAUAUCCAACAUUGUUAAUAAACAUCAAAGGUUCUAAAAUACUUUUUUCUAUAAUGCAAUCAGUUUUUGGCUUUUUUUCAGAUAAUGAUAAAUGGAUGGAAGCUGAUUAUUUAACUUUUCUGUUUUAUUUAAUGGUUAUAAUAAAUGUUUCUUGCUAAACAAUUCUUGUUAGAAAUAUAAUUGCUUGUUUUCUUUUGUAGUAGUUAUUAUUUUUAUUGAUUUUUUUUUAUGAUCUCAAUCAUUAUAAUAGUUGAUGGCACACUGGGAGUGUGUAUUAUUAAUUAUCCAAAAUCAUAUAAAUACUAAAGGAUUAAAAUUAUGAUAUUUUGUAAUAAUAAUUUCUGUAUCAUAAUUUCCUUAUUUUAUAAAAAAUUAUCUUAUUCCCAAGUGGAGCAAAGUUUACACAAUGUCAUAUGUAUAUGUGUGUGUGUUUAUGUGUAUAUUACACAUAAUAUAGAACUAGACUAAAAAUCUAGGAUUUUAGGAUUUAUAUAAAUCCUAAAUUAAAUGGAUUUGUACUACUUAAUUUUAGCUAUUAAAUGAAUUACUCCAAUCACUUGCAUAUCUGUUGCAAAUAAUCAAACUUAUUAAUACAAAAAAAAAAACAUUGUCAUUAGAUUGCAUCAUCACAACUAAGAGCUAAUUCAACCAAAAUUUAAAUCACACAUAACAAAAGUUUUAUUAUUUAAACACUUUUUGUAUUGGCAUUUCACUCUCUGUAAUUAUUGCUAAUUAGUUAAUAGGUCUAUGUUAGUAGAUAUAUAUUAUCUAUUAUAUGUAUUACUUGAAUUAGUAAGUAAAUAUUUUUUUUUUUUUAAGUAACAUUUGUGAAUAAAGUUCAAAAUGCAGCUAUCAGUGCCAUUGUUAGUUAUGGAGGACAGAAGAUUAAUGAAGAAAGCAAGCUUGAUGACUCUGCAAAAUUUUUAUUUGAAAUGCUUUUUCAGAAAUUCUGUAAUUCAUCUCCCAAUGGUAAUUGUUUAUUAGAUUACCGAGUAAGUGACUCCACUAACCAGGAUACUACAAGUUUUAUCCGAAUUUUGUUGGUUGAUAAAAGUUCUAUCAUUGACAAUAACUAUCUGAAAUAUAUACUAUCAGUUGAAUUUAAGAAAGGUAAAACAGGAAAUAAAGGUACAAAUAAAAGAUUAUUUCCUUUUAUAGCAUUACGGUCUGUGUAUGAUGAUAAUAUGUAUGAACAUGUAUUGGAUAUAAAAAUUCCUGAUAACAUAAUAGAAACAGAUAAGAAUGAGUUGACAAAAAUGGUUGAAGCAGCAAUAAUUAAUGGUAUGAAACAAUUAAAAAAUAAAAUUUUAAUACCAGCUCUAAUUCAAUAUAAAAGAGAACAAUCAUUUCUUAAUAUUGGUUAGUAAUUUUAAACACAAUUUUUAUACAUUUUUGUAUUUAAUGUGUUUAAAUUUGAUUAUAAUAUUGAAUAUUUAAAUUAAUUUAAUUAAGGUAGUUUUUUUAUUGACUGUAGUUAUUAUAAACAUACACAAUAUAGUUUUUAUGAAUCUAUUUGAUCAUUAUAUUCAUACCCAGUAUAUUUACUGUAUCAAGUAGGUAAUUAAUAAUUACAUUCAUAUAAUUAUAACUUAGAUACUAUCUAUAGUAAUAUAGUUUAAGGAUAAGGUUUAUUUUGUAUUACAGUUAAAUUGAAUUGUUCAAAGAUAAAAAUACAAUAUUCCUAAAAAUGUAUUAUAAUAAGAUUUAUAAAUAGUAAUUAUUUUUUAGAUUUUUGUUUUAAGAUAUAUCAUACAGUAUGUAAUAUAAUUAUUAUUUUUAAUAUACAUUACAAAUAAUUUGAAAUAAAAUUAUAUAACUUUAAUAUAUAAUAUUUCACUGACUAUUUAGAUAGUUGAAAGUUUAAAAUAAUAUUAAUGUCAAUAAAAAUAUAUUCAUGCAUUUUUCAUUUUUGCACCUUUUAAUGGAGUAGGUAAAUUAGCUGUAGAUGCUGCAUUAAGUUUCGUUUUUGAUAAUUUGUUAGAUGCAAGCCAUGCUUGAAAAGUACUUCUGUAAAAUAAAACAUUUUAAUUAAAAUAAUUUGUUGUUAUUUAAACAAUUAUAAAUACAUACCGGCAAUGAUUAUAGCAACAUUUAAUACUGCAAUAUUCAUGGUCCCAUUCUGGAUGUGUUAUAGGAAUAUUAUUGCAUCCUUCUGCAAUGCAUAUUUCUUGGUUUGAUGUACUGACCACCGCUA